AUGCCAUCUGGAUUCUCCUCCCGCGAUGACCCAGGACAGAUAAAGAAGAACAAACAGUCGAUGGCCGAUCUUAAAUUGCGACGACUCACUGAGUUGAAUACACGUCUACGUGAAGAUUUAGAGCGAGAACGUAUCCCUGUCUCUCAAGCAGCCAAAAGCAUUCUUAACUACACUAACAAUACCAAGGACUACAUGAUACCCUCAAUCUGGGGAUCUAUCGAUAAAAAGGAUGACCCUUACACACCUCAACAAACUGGAGGCUGUUGCGGUAUAAUGUAG